GGCUUCAUCAGUUUUCGUUGUUUAAAAAUUAAAAUCAAAAUAAAAUUUAAAAUGGCGACCGGCGGAGAAGAGUUAAAUGCCGAACAAAUGGACAAACUGCUCCAAUUUCAAGAUCUGACAGGCAUUGAAGACUUUGAUAGAUGCAAAUCCAUUCUAAUCAGUCACCAAUGGAAUCUGGAAUCAGCAGUAGAAGACCGAUUUACAGAUCCCAGCCCACCCCCGCCACCUCCAAUGUUACCGCCCUCGCUGUCGACAACGCAUUACAACAACAACACGCUGCCGACGAAUCGAUUUCUCCGGCAGAGGAGGGAGAGACCACCACUUGUAAAUGUCAGCCCCCCUGAUCAAAGGUCAAUGGUAGACUAUAUAUUGGUAUUGGUAAGGGCCAAACAUAGGAAGUAUGUGAAGAAUGUGAAGGCGAUACCUGGUAUGCUGCAGCAUAGUAUGGUUGUGAUGGAUGUGACAUCAAAAGAAAUGGGGAGGAGGAAGAAGGAUAAAGUCCUUCUGAAGCUUCCAAAUGGAAUGAGGCUUGAGAGAAGGUUCGACAGACACGAAUCAAUACAGCACCUGCACGACUUCCUCUUCGUACACGAGAGCGCCCCGGAUGACUUCGAGAUCAUCCGCUCCCACCCAAGGAUCACCCUGCCAUGCCGCAAGCGACUGAACGCUUUCAUCGCUACCACCACGACCACCUCUUCGGAGGAUACUGCUGGUUGUCCUAGUAGUAGUAGUGGCGGUGGUAACGGGGGUAGUGUUGGUGUGGCCGGUGGUAGCGAUCUAAAUUUAAUAGACGAGUGUCCCACGUUUGAUGAGCUUGGAUUUGGCAAAUCGGAGCUGCUUUAUGUAUACCUUGGCCUAAGGUCAAUGAAGAGAGAACGUUGGUCACUCUACAUCGGCGUGACUAUGGCGUCUCUGCUGAUAUUUUUCUUCGCAUCCGGUCACAAGUCAGUUCUCAAAUUGAACUUCUUCGCCACACCCAACAUCUUUGAAACUUUCAGUGAAAAGUCUUCUCACAUUGUUAGUGAUACAAGCAGCUUUCGAAUCUCGAAAUUGAAACAGUCAGCAGUGUACUGUGAAGACCUAGUGGACGACUGGACAGCUUACAACAUGUCAAACAUUUACUAUGAACUGCUGCCAGCAUUCCAAGAGAGCUGCAAUACAGCAAAAGGAAGCUUGAGUGAGAGUGAAGGACACAGCGGGCAAGUGCCAGAACAAAGGAUGGUCAUGCACUACCUGGCGUCCACACCUUCCAUUAGAACCAUCUGCGAGACUGGAUUCAACUACGGACAUUCCAGCUUCAACUUUCUGACUUCAAACCUCAAAGCCAGCGUGUACUCUUUCGACCUGGGCAGUCAUAAAUACGCCCGCAAGAUGGCCGAACUGCUGCCAGGUCUCUUGAACUUGAAAGGCUUGCAAGGAGAGAGGUUGACCGUGAGGUUUGGUGACUCAACAGUUGAAGUGCCUAAGGCAAUAUCUGAAGGUAAAUUGCCAUUGUGUGAUUUGAUGUUUGUCGAUGGAGGUCACACUUAUCCCAUAGCCAGAGCUGACUUGUUAAACUUUGCAAGACAUUCAAACGAAGACAACCUAAUAAUUUUUGAUGAUUAUCCAACUGACUGGGGUAAGGCCAUCGGGAGGGCCUGGCAGGAACUCCUCAUAUCGAAAGAGAGGGCCGACGAGCAUAUGGCUGGUGGGGAUUUCCUUGCAAUCGAACUCAUUUACCAAAUCAACAGAGCCAGGCUCGAGGCGCCGCAAAAAAUAAUAUUGGAAUUUAUUGAAUAUUUUGCAGUUGAAAGUCCUUUAAAUAUUUUACAAUCUCCUAAAUUUCAGAUUGAGCAAAAGCGAAAGCAAGAUAUGGAUCAAGUGAGAAGUGAGAGGAAUGUUUCGAUCGUUGAAUGGUUCAGUUGCACGAAGAAGAACAUCCAACACUCCUUUCAGAGGGGUUUCUCCGUUGGCAGAGUUAUUCUCACCUAG